AAUGUUGGAAAAUUUUUCUCGUAUUAAUGAGUGUUUGGUCAACAACUGCAUAGAUCUUCUCGUAGCCUUAUCAAUUCUAGAUAAUUGAUUUAGAGCGCCACGCGCGCACACUCCGCGGGCACGUAAAACGCAGAUUCACGUAGUCACGUUCCAUCUGCAUGCGCGACAUAAAAUACACACACGCUGUUUACCCCGUCGUGUCUGUCUGUCUCUUUUCCUUUCGCGCUCGACCGUUAUAACGUUAACAGUAACAACGCGCUUCUGCAGAAAUUUAUCACUUUUUUUCCUUCAUUGCGUGAUCUCGCUCUUCUUUUCUUUUUUCUUUUCCUAACGCGCAGCGGCGACGAUGAAACGAUGAAACGAUCAAAUCAAAGCUAACGCUUUUUCAAUUCAUGCGACUGUACUAUGAUCAGUCAAAUAGAUCAGUCAAAUAAUCAGUCAGUAAGUAUAAAUAGAGACUCAAAUCUUAUGUGAAGUAUUUAAAGAAAAAAAGAUAAGGUAUACAUACAAGAUAUAGGAAUGAAUCUUCCCCUUUUCUUAAUUUUUUUCCUUAUUGUCGUUAAAACUGCCAAAACAACUCGAACAACCUCGGAAGAAUUGGCGGCUAAUAUUAAUUUUGAUAACACAAGAGCGACGUCUGGUGAAAACAAAGAAUCGUCUUGUUGCAUUCUUGCUUGGAUGCUCGCAAAGAGAUGUGCCACGUGUUCCUUUUCUUCUUUCCUGCCUUUAAACACGUGAUUUCAAAAGAAGAAAGAGAAGAAGAAGAAAUCUUGCUCUAGUCGUCAAACAUGGACAGUUACACGUCUGAUUCGAGCGACUCGGACUCCAGCAAGACGCUGGACCUGUCGUACCUGUCGUUGAGCGCCGAGGAGCUCGACAAGCAGCUAAUGAACGUUAAGUGGCCGGAACACGUGGAUACGCUGUUGCUGAAGCAGAAUCGCUUGAGCAACUUGCCAUCCAGCGUCGUCAGAUUCACUGGACUCAACACUUUAGAUAUCUCUGGCUGCGGUCUCAGCAGACUACCGGACUUCUGGCCAGACUGUCCGCUAACCUGCCUGAUCGCCAAGCACAACCAGUUGACGAAUGAGGGCUUGGUCAAGGCCUUCGAGAACUUGACUUCAUUGCGGGAACUGAAUCUCAGCGGCAAUCGGCUCAUCGAGUUCCCCGACCAGGUGUUCGACUUGGUGGACCUCAAGUAUCUCUACCUCGGCGGCAACCUCAUCAGCGAGAUCACUGAGAACAUCUGGAAAUUGCAGAGGUUGCAGGUGCUCUCGAUGGGAGGGAAUAGAUUGUCGGAAGUGCCAUCCACCCUCGGUCAGCUCAAGGUCUUGCAGGCCCUCGUUCUGUGCGACAACAUGCUGGAGAGCCUGCCGAGCUCGAUAGCUAACCUGACGAGACUGAAGUCGCUGUUGCUCCACAAGAACAGACUAAGAACACUGCCCACUGAGAUCAUCAAGUUGAAAUGUCUGACGGAGUUAUCUCUGCGAGACAAUCCGCUGGUAGUGAGAUUCGUGUCCGACAUGACGCACGAUCCGCCGUCUCUGUUGGAGCUGGCGGCACGCGUUAUUAAGACCAAUAACAUCCGAUAUGACGAUGAAGACGUGCCACGGAACCUGUUGGAGUAUCUCGACAGCGCACACAGUUGUGUCAAUCCCAAGUGCAAAGGCGUUUUCUUCAACAACCAUGUGGAGCAUGUUAAGUUCGUAGACUUCUGCGGCAAGUACCGCCUGCCAUUGCUGCAGUACUUGUGCAGCAGCAAGUGCAUCGAGCCACGCGAUAGCGACGAGGAACUCGUGUGCGGUGCCAUGAUCAGGAAAGUUCUUCUCGGUUGAAAGCCCGAAGGAGACAUCUGUGCGAUGUCGAAGACCUCGGCGGGGACGACAGGCCGGCGAGUGUCUCGAUCUUCGCUUCCUGCCUCCGGAUUUCAUUGAUGGAUCGGCGAUAUCUCCCAACUUGAACGUUUAUAUGCACGUACACAUACACACACAUUCAUAUACACACACAUACACACACUCUCUCAUGUUUAUAAUUUCUAUUCUAAGUUAAACGAUACGCGGUACAGCGAAUGACGCAAGUACAAUUCGACGUAAUACAAUAAAUAAAAUGUUUCAUGCGAUAAAACAAUU